AUGUCAGUUUUUACUUCUGUGGAUAUUGAUUUCAAAGUGGCAUUAAAGUAUCGAAAGAGUCCUGCAGCAUUAGCUGCCAUUGAUGGAUUUCUAAAAACUGAUGAAAGACAAAGACUGGCAAAGGAGAGAAGAGAAGAAAGGGAGAAAUACCUUGCUGCUAGGGAACAGCAGAUACUGGAGAAGGAGAGAAGAGCAAAACUUCAAUAUGAAAAGCAAGUGGAGGAACGAUGGAGAAGACUGGAGGAACAGAGGCAGAGAGAGGAGCAGAAGAGAGCAGCUGUUGAAGAAAAACGGAGACAAAAGCUUAAAGAGGAGGAGGAACGUUUAGAAGCCAUGAUGCGUCGGUCCCUUGAACGCAGCCAGCAGCUGGAGCAGAAGCAGAAGCGAUGGUCGUGGGGAGGAGCACUGGCUGCAGGCUCAGGAGGGAGAGAUGGUGAAUCAGAAAAUACCCCACCCUCUGUUCUAGGUUUAGCUGCCAACACCCUUCCUCCAGACCCUGUGACCUCUACUGCUCCUGCUGAUUCCUUCAAUGCAUGUGACAAACUUUCAGCUUCUACAAUGAAUCUGCCAAAGCAAAUGGAAUCGCCAAUCAGUAAGCGCCUCUCCGCCUCCACAGCGGCAAUAACACAUUCCCCUGACAGAGCACCAGCUAGUCCUCUUAAAUCUCCCUACAAGCCUUCCCCCACCCGAAGCACUGACAGAAAGAAGGCAACUUCACCCUCCACUUCAGAUGCCAUGAAAGGGGCGGCUGCAGCUGAAGUUACUCAGACUGAGAAGAUCAAGAAAGAGAAGCGAGCCGCAACACCUGGUUCGUCAUCUGGUAUGGGAUCUCCUCUAAGAAGGUCUGAUUCUCCUGCUGCCCUGUCCAGAAGAUCUGCAUCACCUGCAACACCUAAGACAGUUGCAAAGACUUAUCCUCAGUCUCCUAAAAAUGCCAAACAAUAUCCAGCCUCUCCUGUGAAGCAUCGUGCCACUUCUAAUCUCAACCAGGAAACUCCUAAAAAGAAAGCAGACAAGGAGAAAGAAAAUGUCAGUCAGCAAAAAUCCCCGGGAGCACGUACUGAUGAGGCAGGCCAGGUGGCUUCUGAAAAGCAUGUGCCUUCUGCAGGAAAGACUGAAAACAGUGAAGGGAAGAUCACGGCAGGAACAACUGAUGCAGAUCAAGCCUCAAAAAUUCUAGCUGAAAAAAGACGACAGGCCCGCCUGCAAAAAGAACAAGAAGAAAGGGAGAGACAGGAAAGAGAAGAACGGGAGAGGCUUGAAAGAGAAGAACAGAAAAGAAAGGCAGAAGAAGAAAGACUUCGUCUAGAGGAAGAGGCUCGUAAGAAGGAGGAGGAAAGAAAACGUGAAGAAGCAGCAGCUAGAAAAAAGGCAGAAGAGGAAGCCAGGAGAAGAGCUGAGGAAGAACAAAUGCUAAAAGAAAAGCAAGAAAAAGAGCUCCAAGCCAAACUUGAGAAACAGAGGGAAGAAGCAGAAAUCAAAGCCCGUGAGGCAGCUGAACAGCUUCGUCUUGAAAGGGAACAAAUCAUGCAGCAAAUUGAGCAAGAAAGACUGGAGCGGAAGAAGAGAAUAGAUGAGAUAAUGAAGAGAACAAGGAGGAGUGAAACACCAGAAAUAAAGAAGGAAGAGCCAAAACUGGAGGUACCAUCAACUUUGAAUGUGGAGAAACAACCAAAGGCCCUUGUUCUCAACCAGCCAGAGAUCAAUGGAUUGGCAGCCUGCCUGAAAAAUAAAAGCUUAGAAAGUGCUGCCACUGUAAUCCCUUCCCAAGAUGUAGUUGCUAAUGGACUCAAGUCGGUUCCAGGACUUAUUCAGCUGGAAGCUGUUGAUGGGAAGUCUAACAGCAUGGAAGAUUCAACAGAUGAGGUUCAGUCCAUGGAUGUGAGCCCGGUUUCAAAAGAAGAACUUAUCUCUAUCCCUGAAUAUUCACCCAUGAAUGAACUUAUGCCCGGUUCUUUGGACCAAAAUGGGACAAGUAAUGCCAAGGCUCUUGAAGAUCUCUUGGAUUUCACAGGCCAAGCUACAUACUCCAAGAUGUCCAGUGAUACCAUUAGCCUCGAUGACUGUAACAAAAACUUGAUUGAGGGAUUUAACAGUCCAGGACAGGAAAAUACACUGAAUUCUAUCUGUUGACGACCUCGCUGUUCAGCCGAACGGAUAAAGAGGUAGCAGUUUGUGGAGGAUGUAUCUCCCCGUGAUGCUGCUGGCAGUAAAAUAUGAGCUUGUCACUUGAAAAAGCUUCUGCAGUCUGGAACACUGGAUUUCAAAUAAUCAGAGCUGAAUAUAACUUUGUCUUCCCGGGGAAUACGUUGAAUAACCGUCUGCUUUUGGCAGAAAUCAGUGAUCUAGAGCCUUGAUGGUUUCAGGGAAGACCGAGUGUGCAUUAGAAUUUGAGCUUUAGCUGCUAAUUAAAGCACUUACUACUACUUUUAAUUUAAAAAUCAUCUCAACAUUUCACUGUGAUUUUUACCUGUGCAUUUUAUUUUGAAACGAUUCUCCCGUAAGCUUUAUCAUACAUCUAUUUAGACAUCUUUUUUCUGUAAAUAAUGAUGAGGUUUGCCCACAGUGCAUUGAAAUGAAAUAAUAUACUGUACUUCAGCUUUGUGCCUAUCUUUUUUUGUCUUUAAUAAGGAGUUAUUGGCAACUUUUAUGCAGGUAUGUAAUUCAAAACUAUAGCUGAAGAGGCUUGAAAAACAU